GUGCACUUACAUCUCAAGUGUUCCAUGAACGCCCCCGGGCUCCCCAUUAGUUGCAGUACGACGCCGGUGACCGGUAGGGGCGCUGCAGUCGCCCAGCGGCCCGAGGUCGGCGCUAACCGGUACCAUGACUCAGCGGCGCCCCGCCCCGGGGUUAUUACAUACUGCGCAGUUGCAGCGGUCCAGACCGGGACAAAGGCCGACGGAGGAGCACGAGCUGCACUGCGUCCACCGGCCGGGUCAGUGGACAGAGCGGGUGGUCCAACAGUGUGUGGACGGUACUGAGCCCUGUCCACCGGAGCCGACCACGGCGGAGGCGGCGAAUAUCAGAGCGAACAUCCCACUGGACAACGGACAACCUGCAGCAUGGCGGGUGAAGAGCCUCCUCUGGAGAUAUGCUACGCUGAUGAAGUGAAACAUGGGACAACAACCACUGUUGGACAUAUCAAGUACUACAGAGACAAAUUUCUUGGAAAAGGAGCUUUUGGCUCCGUUUAUAUGGGACGAUCUUCUGGACGAGACGUGGCAGUGAAACGCAUAGAAUACCAUGGAAAGGAAGAGGAAAAACUGAUUGGGAAAGAAAUCGAGUUUCUUUUGAAACUGGAUGCCAACAACGCCAAAGUCAUCAGGUUCUACACAGCGGUGAGGUCUGAUGAACAUUACCUCAUCGCUAUGGAACUUGGCGUUUGUACAGUGCACGAUUACGUGAAAGAAAAAGUCAAAUUUACCAGCCUUGGGAUCGAUAAAGUCACAAUACUUCGCGACUCUUCAAAAGGACUGGAAUGGCUCCAUGAAAAACAAAUCAUGCACCGGGAUAUCAAGCCCGAAAACAUCUUGUUGGUGCGGGACGAGAAAGAUGGCAUCGUGGCCAAGCUCACCGACUUUGGUAUAUCCAAAGAGCUGACAUCGGGCACUCAGGCCAUGACAAGUUGGAAAGGCACUCUGGACUGGAUGGCUCCAGAGGUGCAAGAGAGCGGAGGUCAAGUUGGAUCCGUUGGGGCAGCAGACGUGUUUUCCCUCGGCCUGGUCUUCUACUACGUUCUCUCCGAGGGAAAACACCCAUUUUCUAAAAAUGACACGAUGACGGCGAAGGUCAUUAAGUCUGAUAGUGCAUGCCUGGAUGUCGUACCGAAGGGCUCCAUGAGGAGCCUGAUCGAAGAGAUGAUUCAGAAAACACCAGGUGACAGACCAUCAAGCAAGUACGUGGCCAGGCAUCCGACCUUCUGGGAGCCGAAGAAGACGCAACUGUUUUACCAGGCCAUUAGUGACCUCAUCAUGGCAAAAGACGAAAACCUGAAGGCCACUGUCGACGAAAAUCCCACUCGGGUGUUCGAAGAGCAGGGUGAGCAGGGUGAACCCAAGGACUGGAGGACGAUAAUCGACAAGUCACUGGACGAAGGCUCCUUCAAGAGCUACAAGGACGCGACCGUAUCUCAGCUGCUGCGGUUUAUUCGGAAUAAGCUGCACCACUUCGAUGAGGUACCUGAAGAAGGACGACGCAUUGUGCACAACACCAAGAGUGGACUGGUCGACUACAUAGCUGACAAGUUCCCUCUUCUGCUGAUGCAUGUGUGGGAGGCAGCAGUAAUCCGUCGCGAUAAGCCAGACAUACGGGAUUUCUACACUGCUUUUUCAAUCAUCAAAGUGGACCCAAACACUGUCAUCCUUCCGGCCGGAGUCGGUACCAUCGAGAUGGCGGAGCUGCGGAGCUCACGGGAGACUGUGGAGCGGAUGUCAGUUUCCGCCGCCGACCUCCCGCGACUGAAGGGGCAGCUCCUGGAGGGCCUUAAUCACCUCAAUGUCAGAGGGCCGGAGGUGACGGAGCCGAGGUGGCCGGGAUGGGACGAGGAUGAUGGUCUGUCAGUGUCGCUCCAGGGGGUGACUGCCGACACCAUCAGUCACCUGGCUGACCUGGGACAGACGGUCGGACGACUGGAGAUAUACGGUGAGCAGCGGCAGCACGGACAGGCCGAUGAUAUACGAGCUCAGCGAAUGGCGAACACCGAGUAAUGGUAUAGAGUCAUGACCGUAUGUGGAAAGUAAUUUGAAUUGGUAAAAGUACGAACUACGACGUAAAAAGUGUCAUAUAAUGGAUACGUCUCACUAACCAAUUAAACCAAUGCAAUUUAUGUUAUGGUGAGGAAGAGCGAUAAUAUGUAUUACUUUUAGAAGGAUACAUGUGUUGAGACUUAGUUAUCGCACACACAAUAGGCAUGGCGAUUUUCACUGUUUCAAUGCGCAAUGAAAAGUGAUGCAUUCUUUUUAGCUAAUUAUUGAAAUUGUAAUUAGAGUAUCAUGCAACUGUCUACAGCAUCUAAAGUUCUUUUUUCAAAGGUGUUUGGCUCGAAGUACAUUUUUUUUUUCAAACAUGCGCGAUUUAGCCAGCGAAACGGGCAAAAACUAAACCUAAGAAAAUCGAACGUCGCUUAACCCUCGACGGACCUAUAGGUUUUCUACAUGCACGCCGGCCGAGGGGGGGGGGGGGCGGGUACGACCCCCCCCCCCUCGCCGUUUCGCCCCUGGUGGAGCUAGCGCGUCGCAGAAGGAACGAGCGUGUGCGCCGUUUCAAGGCGCAGAGAUUGAUACCCGAUUUUAAGGUCCUAGGUCAACCGGUGACCUCUGAG